AUGAGCUCUUCAAACGACGAUAGCCACCAGACUCCACCGGCAUCCUCUUCUUCAGGCACAUCUGGCUCUGAUGAUGGCUCGGACAACUCUUCUGGAUCUUCACCACCCGGCUCGCACUCAUCCUCAUCGUCAGACCCACCUUCUCCGACUUCUGCCCUCACAAAACAGACUGUCCCCGAAGUGUACCCACAGGUUUUGGCUUUACCGAUUACCCGCCGCCCGCUAUUUCCCGGAUUUUACAAAGCCGUCGUUGUUCGAAACCCGGCCGUAGUCUCAGCCAUCAAGGAAAUGAUGAAACGAGGACAACCAUACUUGGGAGCUUUCUUGUUAAAGGAUGAGAAUGCGGACAGUGACAUCAUUACGGAUAUCGAUUCGGUUCACCAGGUUGGAGUUUUUGCUCAGAUCACGAGUGUAUUCCCCGCAAGUAAAGGAGACACUGCUGGAAAAGACGAAGGUCAAGAGGAAAGUCUCACGGCUGUUCUUUACCCACAUCGACGAAUUAGGAUAACGGAUCUCAUAACACCGGCCGCUGAAUCGGUAUCUACUGCCACUAUUGAAGAGGUUCCUCCUGAAACGACUGAAUUAGCUGAACCAGAAGCACAGAAACUCUCUGGUACCGUUCAAACUUCGUUCCUUCACAAUUAUGCGGUAUCCCUAGCCAACGUCGAGAACCUUGCUGUACAACCGUAUAGCAAAUCGAACCAGUACAUCCGAGCCGUCAUGUCGGAGAUUGUCUCUGUCUUCAAGGAUAUCGCUCAACUCAAUCCUCUAUUCCGUGACCAGAUCACCAACUUUACGAUCAGCCAGAGUGCAAACAACGUAUUUGAUGAGCCCGACAAAUUGGCCGAUUUUGCUGCAGCAGUAUCUACAGGCGAAGUCAAUGAACUUCAGGAUGUUCUCGAGAGCUUGAUUGUAGAGGAGCGCCUCCAGAAGGCACUUUUGGUCUUGAAAAAGGAACUCAUCAAUGCCCAGCUUCAGAGCAAGAUCUCUCGUGACGUCGAAAGCAAGAUACAAAAACGGCAGCGAGAGUACUACCUGAUGGAACAAUUAAAGGGUAUCAAAAAGGAGUUGGGAAUGGAGUCCGACGGCAAGGACAAACUGAUCGAGAAAUUCCGUGAACGUGCCAAUUCGCUCAAGAUGCCGGAAGGUGUUCGAAAGGUAUUCGAGGAAGAGUUGAACAAGCUCCAGCAUUUGGAACCUGCUGCAUCCGAAGCAAAUGUAACUCGAAAUUAUCUGGACUGGUUGACUCAGGUUUAUCCCAUGGGGCCAACACUCCAAGGAAAAUAUUCGAUAGCACACGCAACCAAGGAAACUUCGUGGGACGGUGGAAGGCAAAAUCAUCUGCUUUGUUGGCCCUCCUGGUGUCGGCAAGACAUCCAUUGGGAAGAGCAUUGCCCGGCUCUCAAUCGCCAGUUCUUCCGUUUCUCGGUUGGAGGCUUGACGGACGUUGCUGAAAUCAAAGGACACCGGAGAACCUACGUUGGCACUCCCGAGCAAGAUUAUCCAGGCUCUAAAGCGGGUUGGACUGAAAACCCCCUCAUCUUGAUCGAUGAAGUUGACAAGAUUGGUCGCGGUCACAACGGCGACCCUGCAAGUGCACUGCUCGAAUGCUCGACCCGGAGCAAAAUUCGGCAUUUUUGGAUCAUUACAUGGACGUCCCUGUCGACUUGUCCCGCAUCCUCUUUGUUUGUACUGCCAACAACCUGGACACGAUUCCUGCUCCAUUACUCGACCGUAUGGAGGUUCUCGAAGUCAGCGGAUAUGUCUCGGAGGAAAAGACUCAAAUCGCAGAGCGAUACCUGGCCCCAAGCCAAGGAAGCAUCUGGUCUCAAGGAAGCUAACGUUACUCUUGACCCUUCGGCUAUCGACCACCUGAUCAAGUACUACUGCCGCGAAAGUGGUGUUCGUAACCUAAAGAAGCACAUCGACAAGAUUUAUCGAAAGGCCGCAUUCAAGAUCGUUACCGACCUUGGAGAAGAGGUUUUCCCUGAAGAGACAACCACAUCCGAUAAGCCCAAAGACGGACAACCCGAAAAGACUGUCGAAUCAACCGAGCCUGCGCCAAAUGCCCCAACCGCCAAGACGGAGAGCGGCCAAACAACGGUGACGACCGAAGAGCGCAAACCGCUCAAGAUUUAUCAAAAGGACAGGUUUUACACGCAUGCGCCUCCUGCGGGUGUCAGCACCGGAUUGGGAUAUCUUGGGAACGGUUCAGGGGCUGUCAUGCCCGUCGAAGCUACCACAAUGCCAGGCAAAGGCGGUCUCCAACUUACUGGUAAACUCGGCGAGGUGAUCCGCGAGAGCGCGCAAUUGGCGCUGAGCUGGGUCAAAUCCCACGCACAUGAACUAGGAAUCACCAAUACCCCGGAAGAGCAAACUUUGCAUGACCGGGAUGUGCACUUGCAUAUGCCAGAGGGGAGUAUCGGAAAGGAAGGACCAAGCGCAGGGACAGCGAUUGCGACUGCGUUUGUUUCGCUACUUACCAAGACAAAGGUCAACCCUGAUAUUGCCAUGACCGGAGAACUCUCUCUUGUGGGCCAAGUACUCCCUGUUGGCGGACUCAAAGAGAAGAUUCUUGCAGCUCAUAGGGCAGGAAUAAAGACUAUCCUCGCACCGAGCGCCAACCGCCCAGACAUUGAAGAAAAUGUCCCCGAGAGCGUCAAGACGGGUAUCCGGUUUGUGUUUGUGGAUGACAUUCGACAAGUAUUACACGAGGUGUUCAAGGGAGAACCAAUUGCCGAGCGGUGGAAGGAGACGCUUCCGCAAUUGACCGAACCAGUGACGUCCGAGGGUGCUCAAAAGUCUUUGUCGUCUUAG